AUGACACCGAUCACAUUUCCCGCCAUGACAUAUGGGUUGGGUCCGCGCAAAUACCAUAUGACCGAGUAUUCAUUGUGCCGGACCUCACCCAAGACGACGAAUAUAAGAACCAUCCCGAUGUCAUCAACUGACUUUUUCCAUGUCAAUGCGUCCUCGGCUGCUUUGGUCUUGAUGGAUAUUUCUAUGCCAGUCAUGGACGGCUUUGAAUCAUCGAGGCGAAUACGCGAGCUUGAAAAAGAGUUGAAAUCCAAGGCGCCAGUUAAGAUCGCUGCCCUGCCCGGUGUCGGCUUGCGCGACACCGAACGUGAAGCCAUCGGGUCUGGCAUGGAUUUGUUUAUGACCAAGUCCGUACACUUGGAAAGCCUGGUCCCGUUGAUAAAGGAAUGCGGGCUUAUGACCCGGGACUUGGCUCGGAAGCCAGGCAAGGGCACUGGCUGA